GCAGAACGCGCGAGGAGGAAGAAGAAAAAACUCCAAGCAUGCUGGCAGAAUGGGGUCACGAACUAUGACCUUUUACAGAAGAAAAACAAAAACAAAUAUUUUUUUUAAAUAGAAGACCCAGACCUAAAUCUGCAAUCUUUCAUCCGGUGGUUUGUUCUUAUUGAACGUAACCCUUCCUGCUGAUAUAAGAGAGGUUGCACACUGCAGUUGACAGAUGUCUUUGGCCUAGCUCCAGACAGGCCCCUCUAAUGACCUUACAUCACCAUGAUGACCAAUGUGGAGGUGCUUUCUCAGCAGAUAGUGGCGUCUGAGAAGGUGACAGAGGUGCAGACCUCUCCCGCUGACUUGUCAGUGAUGAGUGGCUCUCCACAACGCUUCCAGAUCAUCUCCACUGAGCCCUCAGCCACACAGCAGCACAUUCAGAUUGUAACGGACCAGCAGACGGGUCAGAAGAUCCAGAUAGUCACGACCAUGGAUCCCUUCAGCGGGCCCAAGCAGCAGUUUAUCCUGGCGGCGGCUGAUGGCUCAGGAACGGGCAAAGUCAUCCUGACCUCCCCAGAAAACCAGGGCACCAAGCAGAUCAUUUUCACAACCGCAGACAGCCUGGUACCCGGCAGAAUACAGAUUGUGACAGAUGCAGCGUCGGUGGAGCAAUUAUUGGGGAAGGCAGGGGAUGUGGGCCGGCCUCAACCUAUAGAGUAUUGCGUGGUGUGUGGAGACAAGGCUUCAGGGCGUCACUAUGGGGCUGUCAGCUGUGAAGGCUGUAAAGGCUUCUUCAAGAGGAGUGUGAGAAAGAACCUGACUUACAGUUGCCGGAGUAACCAGGACUGUGUUGUCAACAAGCACCACCGUAACCGCUGUCAAUUCUGCCGGCUGAGGAAAUGCCUGGACAUGGGCAUGAAGAUGGAGUCCGUGCAGAGUGAAAGGAAGCCCAUUGACCUGCCCAGAGAGAGGCCUGUUAACUGUGCUGCGUCUACAGAGAAGAUCUACAUUAGGAAGAACCUGAUGAGCCCACUCAUCGCCACGCCAACCUUCAUCACCGACAGUGAUGGCUCCAGAUCCAGUCUGCUAGACCCAGGGAUGCUGGUGAACAUCCAGCAGCCUCUGAUCCAGGCUGACGGGACUCUACUGCUGGCCACAGACACCAAGUCUGAGUCGGGGCAGGGGGACUUGGGGACCCUGGCCAGUGUGGUGACAUCUCUGGCUAACCUGACCGACUCCCUCAGUGAGUCCCUGAACAACAGUGAUACCUCAGACGACCAGCAGGAGGAGCAGUCUGCCAGCGAGAUAACACGUGCCUUCGAUACCCUGGCCAAAGCCCUGAACCCAUCUGAGUUGGGGGUGGGGCAGAACCUGGCGGAGGGUGGGGAGUGUGUGGGCGGGGCCACCAUCCAAGUGAUCAGCCGGGACCAGGUGACCCCCCUCAUUGAGGUGGAGGGCCCACUGCUCACAGACACACACGUCAGCUUUAAGCUGACCAUGCCCAGCCCCAUGCCAGAUUAUCUGAAUGUGCACUACAUCUGUGAGUCAGCAUCCCGCCUCCUCUUCCUCUCCAUGCACUGGGCAAGCUCCAUCCCUGCAUUCUCCGCUCUUGGUCAGGAGAGUAACACCAGCCUGGUACGUGCCUGUUGGAAUGAGCUAUUCACUCUGGGGCUGGCUCAGUGUGCUCAGAUCAUGAGUCUCUCCACCAUCCUGGAAGCCAUCAUCAACCACCUCCAGAACAGCAUCCAGGACGAUAAGGUGUCUGCGGAGAGAGUGAAGCUGGUGAUGGAACACAUCUGGAAGCUGCAGGAGUUCUGUAACAGCAUGGCUAAGAUGGAGACAGACAGCUAUGAGUAUGCUUACCUGAAGGCCAUAGUGCUCUUCAGCCCUGACCAUCCAGGCCUGAACAGUUGCAGCCAGAUAGUGAAGUUCCAGGAGAAAGCCCAGAUGGAACUGCAGGACUAUGUGCAGAAGACUUAUCCAGAUGACACAUACAGGUUGACGCGUAUCCUGAUGCGACUCCCUGCGCUGCGUCUGAUGAGCUCCAGCAUCACAGAGGAGCUAUUCUUCACCGGCCUGAUCGGCAACGUGCCCAUUGACAGCAUUAUCCCUUACAUCCUCAAGAUGGAGACUGCCGACUACAACACCCAGAUCACCGGUCCCACAGCGUGACCCCCCCCGCCACCACCCCUAUCCACCCCCAAACCUCUCCAGCCCAUCUCUAGACUGGUACCACGUGCCCCCCAAAAAACACCCUAAUUCUGAAACCCCCAUCUUUUGUCCUGCAAACAUUUGAUGUAAUUAAAAUACCCUUCGCAAGAUGCAAAGUCAUGGAGAAAUCCCUUUCGGGCCGUGUUGUUCCCAGAAAGUCCGCUCCUCAUCGUUUGUGAUUAUGGGUCGUAACCAUGGGGACCCCUGGAUGAGGGUUUGAUGGUUCUCUGAAAGCGAUGCAUGAUGGGACUGUGAGUCUCUUGUCCAGAUUCCGUAGUUCAGAGCACUUAACCCCCUGGAGAGGGAGCGGUACUGUGGCUAACACGUCACUGUCACCUCUACUGCUUCAGCAAAAUGGCUUCAAUGUACUGUAAAGUUGACCUUUUCGCUCAAGCCUUUCAAUAUCGUUUUAUCUUAUGCAGGCCUUACUGUACAUUCAUGCUCAACAAAAAGUAUAUCGAUUGAGUUAUCGCUUGCUUCUGCCUCUAAUCUCGAUAACCUGUAUUUAACACUUAGCCGACAUAGACUAAGAAUGAGCGACGCUUGCCUGAAUGUCGUUACAUGAGUAAACUGAGACAUGAAUUGGUGUAAAGGUUUGUUGUGUUUUUGUACUUUGAACUUUUCACCAGGUAUUACAAUGUAAAAAAGAAACAUUUAAAUGUAUGAAUAGCCUAUGUUAUGAUGCUGGUCCAUGCCUCAAGCUCUGUCUGUCCCUGAAACGUUUUGGUUGAAAAGACGACCAAUUCCUCUAAAUCAGGAAUAUGACUUAAUUCACAGUUUAAUAGCAGCUAACCUGGAUCCUUAAUCUACAGAGUAUACGACGAUGGACAAGCCAUUUGUGUACUGAGCCACUCCAUUCAGGAUAAUAUUACAUGUACUCUCCACUUCAGAUAGAGCAUCAAAUCUAUUAUUUGUUUCAAACCGAACAGGAGAACGGUUAGAAUGGUUACAUUUCAUUUUUUGGGGGGUUCAUUUCACUGCAAUUGUUAUGGAACUUUCCCUAAACCAGUCCAUAUGAUGACAGCCUGUUGCUGGGGACAGUCAUCCAUCCUACAGAGAGGGAGUUUAAAAACAGUCUUGUUACUAUGUCUGCCUAAAGCAAAUGCACAUUCAUUAUAUGGUUUAACUUGAACCAUUUAGAUAAUGUAUUUGAAGAUUUUGUUUGUUCAAUCACCACAUGACCCUGGCUCCAGGUUAAAGUUGCCCUUACCCAUAGAUAUAAGAUCAGAUUAUCCUGGUAGUUCUAACCUUUACUGUUAGAGAGGUCAAAUAAAGUCUAACAUCAGUGGUUAGGGGCAACUUUAUGGCCACCAUUUUAUUUUGCUGUCAUGACAAUCAAGCCUUGUGUGACAUGAUGUCCUGUUCUGUGUCCAGUAUUUCUCUUUUCUGUUUAUUUAUUUCCAUCCAGCUGGUAUUAUACAGUGCACUGAGUGCAGUAACACGCUCUGCAUACUGUAGUGAUCUCAGUCCACUUCCAGACUUACUUUACAGUGACUGUUUUAUUCAUAUGCAGGUAUUCACACCAUAGGAAAAAUAUAUAUUUUGAGUUCUCAAGACAAAAUGUGUUUUCCCUUUAAUGUUAGCAUGAUUUAUCUAUAGUUUCACUAUUGAAUGAACAUCAAGCAGGUAUUUUCCUUUUGUAUUCUUGCACAGUAUAUCGUUCUGUGAUAUAAUAGUUUCCAAAAUGUAAAAAUGUGGUUUGUUGAGAACAAAUGUAUUUGUUCCAUGUUAAGUGUACUUAAAGUACCACACCUCUAGUACCACAUGAAAAUAUGUGUACAUUGUCCAACAGCAACAAAACCAGUAGCACUAACUUAUAACAUGUAAAGAAGUCAUAAGUAGGUAUGUACUCUAAAAUUAUAGGUGUACUGUUGUAAUAGCUGGUUUUAAAACCUGCAAAGACUGUUAUUUUGACUUCUGUGAACUGAGCUCUGUACUACAUGUAUUAUCAUUCAAAUGAGUGCAUGUCCUUUUUUUAAUCAGAGUUUUAUAAUAUUGCAACUUGCCAGUAUUUGCCCUGAAGAAAAUGAGCGUUGUUAUUGUUUUUGUAUAGUGCAUUGCUGUGCAUGCAAUUGCUUAUGCAUUUUAGUAAAUGCUGUACGAAAAAUGUGGAGUUUUAAUGUUGUGGCUUAUAAAUGUUAUCAGCCUGAGCAAUUUCAGUGCAUUAACUACUAAAUGCAACAAAAACUGUUUUCUAUUGUUUACAUAUGACCAGGGGGGAUAUGGACAGUGUUUUUUGGUUUGUAAAAGCCUUUGUUUCAAGUCUGUAGCUUUUUAAAUACAGUACAUAUAAAAAGUGUCUUUUCCUG